UUUUUCUGUUAUAAAAUGGCUGUCGGUUCUGCAAUCUCAUCACUACUUGGUCCACCGGCAUGCGAGAAAGACGCAAAGGCUUUACGGCUCAUCGAGGAAAUGACCCGAAACGCCGAUGCCGUUCAAGAACGAGUUUUGACCGAUAUCUUAACCCAAAACUCUCGAACCGAGUACCUUAGCCGGUUCAAACUCGACGGCGCCACCGACCGUGAGUCGUUCGAGUCCAAGCUUCCCGUCAUUACUUACGAAGACCUCCAGCCUGAAAUCCAGCGUAUCGCCAAUGGCGACCGCUCCGCUAUUUUAUCGGCACACCCCAUCUCGGAAUUCCUCACCAGCUCCGGGACUUCAGCUGGUGAGAGGAAACUGAUGCCAACGAUUAAAGAAGAGCUAGAUCGCCGUCAGUUGCUCUACAGUUUGCUGAUGCCAGUAAUGAAUCUUUACGUGCCGGGUUUGGACAAAGGCAAGGGAUUAUAUUUCUUGUUCAUUAAAUCAGAAACAAGGACCCCGGGUGGUCUCUUGGCUCGCCCGGUUCUAACCAGCUACUACAAGAGCGAGCAUUUCAAGACCCGACCGUACGACCAUUACAACGCUUAUACCAGCCCCAACGAGGCCAUCUUGUGCCCCGACUCUUUUCAGAGCAUGUACACCCAGAUGCUUUGCGGUCUCCAGGACCGACACCAAGUUCUUCGUGUUGGCGCCGUGUUUGCCUCGGGUUUACUCCGUGCGAUCAGGUUCCUCCAGCUUAAUUGGGAACAGCUCUCCGUUGAUAUCGAAACCGGUGACUUGAAUCGGAAAAUCACCGACUCUUCGUUGAGGGAAUGCAUGACUAAGAUCUUGAAACCGAACCCCGAGCUUGCUCUGUUCGUGCGACAGGAAUGCUCCAAGGAAAACUGGGAGGGGAUUAUUACAAGAAUUUGGCCGAACACGAAGUAUCUCGAUGUUAUCGUAACCGGAGCAAUGGCACAGUAUAUUCCCACCCUGGAUUAUUACAGCGGUGGGUUACCUAAAGCUUGCACGAUGUACGCUUCGUCCGAAUGUUAUUUCGGGUUGAACCUUAACCCCAUGUGCAAACCAUCCGAAGUUUCGUAUACCAUCAUGCCGAACAUGGCGUACUUCGAGUUCUUGCCCCACGAGCCUAAUUCAUCCGGGUUCACCCUCGAUUCGUCCCCGAAACUCGUCGACCUGGUCGACGUUGAAGUGGGGAAAGAAUACGAGCUCGUGAUCACGACCUACGCGGGACUAUACAGGUACCGAGUCGGCGACAUUCUCCGAGUUACGGGGUUCCACAACUCUGCCCCGCAAUUCCAUUUCGUUAGGAGAAAGAACGUUCUCCUCAGCAUCGACUCCGACAAGACCGACGAGGCCGAGUUACAGAAGGCAGUCGAGAACGCUUCUCGACACCUGCGCGAAUUCAACACCAGCGUCGUCGAAUACACAAGUUACGCCGACACCAAGACCAUCCCCGGUCACUACGUGAUAUACUGGGAGUUGUUAGUCAAAGACGCAGCUAACUCCCCUACAGACGAUGCCCUUAAAAAAUGUUGUUUAGCCAUGGAGGAAUCACUCAACUCGGUGUACCGACAAGGCCGAGUUGCGGAUAACUCAAUCGGACCACUAGAAAUCCGCGUGGUGAAGAACGGAACGUUCGAAGAGCUGAUGGAUUACGCCAUAUCGAGAGGCGCAUCCAUCAAUCAAUACAAGGUCCCGAGGUGUGUUAACUUCACACCGAUCGUGGAAUUGCUCGAUUCUCGGUUGGUCUCGGCACAUUUUAGCCCUGGUUUGCCACAUUGGAACCCUGAAAGGAGGAGAUGAUUUCAUAGUUUUAUUGUAACUGUGGAUUCUCUUUGUUUCCACAUUAAAGCAGUGGACAAGUUGAUUAGGAUGUUUCAGGGUCAGGUUUUGUAAUUUUGGAUUCAUAGGGCGUCUGGGCUGAAGAUGAUGUCUGUCGUAUGAAUUGUUUCUUUCAUGCAAUGGCAAUUAGAUAAGGUUUCUGAUAA